CCCGGACCUAAUCUCUCGGGCCGGAGGUUUCCAUGAACCGGGUUCAAUGAGACACCGACGGAGGACCGGUUUCAGCGACGGACGCGCUUCCGGGCAUCAGUUUCCAUGGCGGCGGCGGCUGGUGAAGAUGCAGAAACCUGGCCGACACUCAAAGUCGUUACUGCAGCUCACACUGGCGGUGAUCAAACCUGAUGCGGUGGCACACCCGCUGAUCCUGCAGGCUGUCCAUCAGCGGAUUCUGGACAAUGGCUUCAUCAUCGUGAUGCACAAGUACUUAAAAUGGAGCCAGGAGGAGUCUCGAAGGUUUUAUGCGGAGCACUCAGACAGAUUCUUCUAUCAGCGGGUGGUGGAGUUCAUGGCCAGUGGACCCAUGAGGGCAUACAUCCUGGCUCACCACGACGCAGUGACUCACUGGCGGCAGUUGAUGGGGCCCACCAGGGUGUUCCGAGCCCGCUACUCUUCUCCGCACUCCAUCCGUGGACACUUGGGGUUGACAGACACCAGGAACACCACACAUGGCUCAGACUCGCCUGAAUCGGCUGCGAGAGAGAUCUCCUUCUUCUUCCCAGAGUUCCUGCAGCGGCGGUGGUGGAACACGGAGGAGGAGCUCUAUCGGCAGGGCCACUACUACUACCACCCGGAGCAGCAGGUGCACCUGCUCAGGACACCGCAGCCUCCCCUGGUCCAAGGGCAGGGGCACUGA